CCUUCCGGGCUUCCACUUCCUGCGCCCACCCGUUCCUAUUUAACCCACCUCACUUCUUCCAUCCAUUCCUCUGUCCCUCUUUCCCAAACCAUCCAUCCCGCACAAACUUCAUUAGCUUCUACCAAUACCAUAGAGAUGCAGAUCUUCGUGAAAACCCUCACCGGGAAGACCAUCACUCUCGAGGUCGAGUCUUCCGACACCAUCGACAACGUCAAGUCCAAGAUCCAGGACAAGGAGGGCAUCCCCCCCGAUCAGCAGCGCCUUAUCUUUGCUGGCAAGCAACUCGAGGACGGCCGCACUUUGUCGGACUACAACAUUCAAAAGGAGUCGACCCUCCACCUUGUCCUUCGGCUUCGAGGUGGCAUGCAGAUCUUCGUUAAAACUCUCACUGGCAAGACCAUUACCCUCGAGGUCGAGUCCUCUGAUACCAUUGACAACGUCAAGUCGAAGAUUCAAGAUAAGGAGGGUAUCCCCCCAGACCAGCAGCGCCUAAUCUUUGCUGGCAAGCAACUUGAGGAUGGCCGCACCCUUUCCGACUACAACAUUCAGAAAGAAAGCACACUUCACCUUGUCCUCCGUCUCCGCGGUGGAAUGCAAAUUUUCGUCAAGACCCUUACCGGCAAGACUAUCACCCUAGAGGUCGAGUCGUCGGACACUAUCGAUAAUGUGAAGUCGAAGAUCCAGGAUAAGGAGGGCAUUCCUCCAGAUCAGCAGCGCCUUAUCUUUGCUGGCAAGCAACUUGAGGAUGGCCGCACCCUUUCUGACUACAACAUUCAGAAAGAAAGCACCCUUCACCUUGUCCUCCGUCUCCGCGGUGGGAUGCAAAUUUUCGUCAAGACCCUUACCGGCAAGACUAUCACCCUAGAAGUCGAGUCGUCGGACACUAUCGAUAAUGUGAAGUCGAAGAUUCAGGAUAAGGAGGGCAUUCCUCCUGACCAGCAGCGCCUCAUUUUUGCCGGAAAGCAGCUGGAGGACGGCCGCACUCUCUCUGACUACAACAUCCAGAAAGAGAGCACCCUGCACUUGGUUCUCCGACUGCGUGGAGGCCAGUAGAUGGUUGGAGGUAGUCACAAUGGCGUUUAGGUUGGGCCCUAGGAAAGGUUCAUGCAUCCUCUUUACAUUCCGCAGGACAGCAUUGCACGAUACGAUGGGAAUGCUUGUUCUACAAUCAUAGGAAUCACUGAUGCGUAUUAAUGGAUUAAAAUUGCCACCAUGUAUUAGUUUGAUUAUCGUGACGAAUGGAUUGAGUACGUCCCUUGCCUUUUCCAUGGCCGUGGUAGACAAGUUAGCCGGAAGCUGGAGGAUAUUAGGCCACCGUAAAGUCUAUCAUCGGGAUGAGGUGACUACCAAACAAGUUUGUGGCCAACAGUCCGCCAGACCUUGUUACAGCAUUUACGGAGGCAAGUACUGCGAACUUCUAAUCGCCGACGAAAUCAUGGCGAAUUUCCCAUAUCAGAUGGUUUGUCUCUGCUC